AUGAAUAAAAGGUACAAGCAGAAGGAGAUUAGGCUGCUUCUACAACAGAAUAAAACUUCUCUAGCAGGGUUAAUUGAAACUAGAGUUAAAGAGGCAAAUAGCAGCACUAUUUUAAAAGCUAUUGUUCCAGGAUGGAAGAUCAUAUACAAUUAUAAAGAUGCUGUAAAUGGAAGAAUAUGGAUAGUAUGGGAUGAUAGCUGGUAUGAGGUGAAGUUGUUAAAAAGUACUGCUCAAAUGAUUCAUUGUCAGGUUAAUGAAAGAAGCAAAGGGUAUCAGUUUAGAAUCACAGUAGUCUAUCGGUACAAUACUGUAGAAAUGAGGAGAAGCUUAUGGAUGGAUUUGAAGAUGUUAGUUCACAGUGUUUCAGAACCUUGGCUCAUCAUAGGAGGCUUUAAUGCUGCGUUAUCUCCCCAAGAUAGACUAGAUGGAGUUCCUGUUACUUUGAAUGAAAUCAAGGAUUUUGAAGAAUGUGUUAAAGAUAUGGGGGUUACUGAAGUACAUUGGAAAGGUAGUUACUAUACCUGGACAAUUAAACAUGUUGGUACUGCCAGAAUUGCUAGUAGAAUAGAUAGAGCUUUUGGGAAUGAUUGUUGGAUGGACAAAUGGGGUCAUGCUAUUCUAAAGUAUGGAAUGCCAGGUGUGUCAGAUCAUAGUCCUAUGCACUUGCUACUUCAGCAGAGCAAUCAACAGAUCAGAGUGGGAUUCAAAUUCUUUAAUGAGUGGAUUGAGCAUGAGUCCUUUAUGGAAAUGGUGGAUACAAUCUGGAAGCAGGAAUAUGGAAGUGAAGUAAUGAGAGGAAUAUGGUAUAAGUUGAAGGCCCUUCAGCCAGUCUUGAGGCAAAUGAAUAAGAAAGAGUUCCAAUUCAUAGGCAAAAAAAUUGAGAAGGCAAGAAGUGAACUGAAAGAACUUCAAGAGAAGCUUUACAAUCAGGCACAAAAUGAUCUAGUUAUUAAAGAGAAGGAAUUAUUAAUUUAG